GCUCCCAUCUCUUCUCUUGCUCUCUCCCUCUCUCUCUCUCUGUCUAGCUCACUAACUCACUCUCCCUCCCUCUGCAAACAUUGGAUUUAAACCUGCUCAGAAUUCAGCACAGAGGAAAGCAGCAGCGGCAGCAGCGGCAAGCAGCAAGCAAAUCAGCCUGUAGACUACUGCGGCUUCAAGAUGUACCAUCCUGCCUGCUGGAUCGUCUUCACUGCCACCACUGCCCUGCUCUUCAUCCCAGGAGUGCCCGUGCGCAGCGGAGAUGCCGCCUUCCCCAAGGCCAUGGACAACGUGACGGUGCGACAAGGGGAGAGCGCCACGCUCAGGUGUACUGUGGAUGACAGGGUCACGCGAGUAGCUUGGUUGAACCGCAGCACCAUCCUGUAUGCUGGAAAUGACAAGUGGUCUAUAGACAACCGAGUGGUCAUCCUCUCCAACACCAAAACCCAGUACAGCAUCAAGAUCCAUAAUGUGGACGUGUACGAUGAGGGCCCCUACACCUGCUCUGUGCAGACAGACAAUCAUCCAAAGACAUCGCGGGUACAUCUCAUUGUGCAAGUACCCCCUCAGAUCAUAAACAUCUCAUCAGACAUCACCGUGAACGAAGGCAGCAGUGUAACCCUCAUGUGCUUGGCCUUUGGGAGACCAGAGCCUACCGUGACAUGGAGACACCUGUCCAAAAAAGGCCGGGGCUUUGUGAGUGAAGAUGAGUACCUGGAGAUCACGGGGAUAACCAGGGAUCAGUCCGGGGAGUACGAGUGCAGCGCUGUCAACGACGUGGCAGCUCCAGACAUCCGGAAAGUAAAGGUCACCGUGAACUACCCACCGUACAUCUCCAACACCAAGAACACUGGCGCCUCGGUCGGCCAGAAGGGCAUCCUGCGCUGCGAAGCCGUUGCCGUGCCCGUGGCUGAAUUCCAGUGGUUCAAAGAAGACACCAGGUACCUAAGUGAAAGCAAGCUGCUAAGGGGAACUACGAGCUCACACGCUGUGCCCUUGGGAUUAGCCAAUGGGCUAGACGGAGUGCGAAUCGAGAACAAAGGCCAAAUGUCCACGCUGACCUUCUUCAAUGUCUCAGAAAAGGACUACGGCAACUACACCUGCGUGGCCACUAACAAGCUGGGGAACACCAAUGCCAGUAUAAUCCUGUAUGAAAGUGAGCCCACAGCACUGGCAGGCCCUGGAGCAGUGCACGAUGGCAGCAACGCGGCUUCCAGAGCAAUGGCCUGCCUCUGGCUAUCAGGCACCCUCUUUGCUCACUUCCUCAUCAGGUUUUGAUAAGAAAGCAGAGGGUCCUUGGAGGUGAUGCCUGGCUUCUCCCACACCACAGACUUUACUCUCUACACUGCGGGGGCAACCACCACCGUUUUACAGCGUGAACGUACUGCCGGGAGGGCGGGGGAGGGGGUGAAGGGGAAGGGGAAAGGGAAAGGGAUCUGACAGCCUGGUGAGGGGAUAAGUCAUGGGGGUUUCUCAAAGCAAGUCAUUUUCUUCUGCCCCAGCCCUGCCCCGAACCCUAUUUAUACACAUGUCCAAACGGGAGCGUGUCUCGGCCAAGCCCAUUAAAAUUGCCCCAAGAGACAUGCCUUGGUUUGAGAGACGAUGCAUAGCGGAAGCUACAAAAAAAAAAAAAAAA